AUGCUCGGUGCCAUUGUGGCGUUGCUCGUGCUCGGCUCGGUGCCAUUGUGGUGGUGUUCGAGCUCGGUGCCAUUGUGGUGGUGUUGUUCGAGCUCGGUGCCAUUGUGGUGGUGUUCGAGCUCGGUGCCAUUGUGGUGGGUGUUCGAGCUCGGUGCCAUUGUGGUGGUGUUCGAGCUCGGUGCCAUUGUGGUGGUGUUCGAGCUCAGUGCCAUUGUGGUGGUGUUCGAGCUCGCUGCCAUUGUGGUGGUGUUCGAGCUCGGUGCCAUUGUGGUGGUGUUCGAGCUCGGUGCCAUUGUGGUGGUGUUCGAGCUCGGUGCCAUUGUGGUGGUGUUCGAGCUCAGUGCCAUUGUGGUGGUGUUCGAGCUCGCUGCCAUUGUGGUGGUGUUCGAGCUCGGUGCCAUUGUGGUGGUGUUCGAGCUCGGUGCCAUUGUGGUGGUGUUCGAGCUCGGUGCGAGCUCGGUGCCAUUGUGGUGGUGUUCGAGCUCGGUGCCAUUGUGGUGGUGUUCGAGCUCGUUGCCAUUGUGGUGGUGUUGGUGCCGUAGGUGCCGACGGACAUCCAGCACAGCGCCACCAUGA